AUGGCAACUUCAUCUAUUCAACGAAUACGUGAACUUCGAGAUGCAUCUAUUCCAAAGGAUAGUUUGCUUGGAAAUUUACUACCUGAUUCAUCUGUUCUUGAUGUAACUAAUAUUCCACGACAAUGUGGUCUUUUAUCAGAUGAUGAAAUUACUAUUACUGAACAGUAUUCAGCUACACAACUUGUUACUAAACUCGCUCAAGGUCAACUAACAGCUCAACAAGUUAUUAAAGCUUAUCUUAAACGAGCUGGUAUUGCUCAUCAAUUGACUAAUUGUGCUACAGAAUUUCUUGAAAAAGAAGCAUUAGAUCGAGCUAAAUAUUUAGAUAAAGAAUUUAAAAAACGAGGAGGACCUAUAGGACCACUUCAUGGUUUACCAAUCUCUCUCAAGGAUAUGGUAACAAUGAAAGGACGAAGACUUAGUUCAGGAUGGAUAAAAUGGAUUGAUAGAAUUGGUGAAGAUGAUACUCUUAUUGUAAAGAUUCUUUAUGAAGCGGGUGCUAUCUUCUUUGUUCGUACUACUGAACCACAAAGUCUUAUGCAUUUAGAAUGUAGUGGUCCUAUUUAUGGUACUACUUUGAAUCCAUUUAAUCGAAAUUUGACUUCUGGUGGAAGUUCAGGUGGAGAAGGUGCUCUUCUUGGUCUUAAAGCUAGUCCAAUGGGUAUAGGAACUGAUAUUGGUGGCAGUAUACGUUCUCCAGCUGCUAACAAUGGAGUUUAUGGAUUGAGACCGACUGCUUUUCGAAUACCAAUAGCAGGUGCGAUGGUAGCUCAAAUGGGAAGAGAAAGUAUAAUUGGUGUACUUGGUCCACUUGCUCGAAAAAGAGAAGAUAUUAAUCUAUUUAUGAAAACAGUACUUGAUACUGAACCAUGGCUAAGAGAUCCAUCUCUUGUACCUAUUCCUUGGAGAUCGAUUAGUUUAAAUCCAAAAAAUUUGACAAUUGCUGUUAUGUGGGAUGAUGGCGUUGUUCAUCCUCAUCCACCUGUUAUUCGAGCACUUCGUGAAACUGUCGAACAUUUAAAAAAAUCUGGAAUUCAAGUUAUUGAUUGGAAACCCAUUGAUCAUCAGAAAGGUUGGGAUUUGAUUAGUGCACUUUAUUUUUGUAAUGGAGCUGAAGAAGAACGAAGUUUGAUGGCAGAAGUAAAUGAAAAACCAUUACCAUUAACAGAUUGGAUUAAUAAUCAACCAAAUGUGAAGAAAAGAAAUUGGAUAGAAAUGAAUGAAUUAAUUUUAGAAAGAGAACAUUAUCGUACAUUAUAUGCACAAAUAUGGAAUGAACGAGAAGUUUUCUUCAAUUCUUCUAUCGAUUGUCUUCUUGCACCUGUUGGACCAUCUGCAGCUCCUCUACAUGGUACAGCUAAAUGGUGGGGUUAUACAUCGAUAUGGAAUCUUCUUGAUUAUCCAGCUGCCAUUUUUCCUGUUACAACUGUUGAUCUUGUCAAAGACCAAGUAGAAGUUAAUUAUAAACCUAGAAAUGCAUUAGACAGUGAAAAUUAUAAACUUUAUGUAUCAGUAGAAACAUAUGCUAAUGCACCAAUCGGAUUACAAGUUAUCUCUCGACGAUUUAAUGAUGAAAAAGUAAUGAAAUGUGUCGAAAUAAUUGAACAAGCAAUGGGUAGAGAAUAA